GCAGCUCGCAGAGCUCGACCAAUGCCAUGGCACCGCGCGUGUCCCGAAGGGUUGGAGAUCCGGCCCUGCGACGCGGCGAAGGGCAAUGGGCUCUUCACCACAAGGGCUUUGGAGGAGGGCCAACAGCUUUUCGAAGAAGAUCCCGUCUGCGGCAUGGCUCUGCUGAUGUUUGACCAGACCAAUGUGACAUGCCAUUGCCAGCACUGCAUGAAGUACGUCGAAGAAGGCGAAGCAUCGCUGGUGCUUUGUGCCUUGGGGUGCGGAGCUUGGUACUGUUCGGAGGCGUGCAGGGAGGACGCCUUCGUAGCACAUCAUUCUGUGCUGUGUUCCUCCUCGAACCCCCGCUGGGCCGACUACGAGCAACAGGCGCGCGAAUGUUGCAAUGAGUACUACGUCCUGGCCGCCCGGGCGCUGGCUACCUUAACCUCGGAGUUUUCCGUUGAGCAAGAUCUCUGGGCCCAAAGUCCUUGGUCCGGCUACGCUUCGCCCUGCUGGUGGGAGACCAUGAAGAGACCCAUCUACGAGGAUUCCGACUCCGACAGUUCGGGUCCAGCCUUUGACUCAGAGGAUGAGGAGUCCUUGGAUCGUUUCUUCCAAUCCACGGUGCGCAGCCAAACCUCCGAGAUGGGCGACGUGUUGCUGUCGGUCUUGGAGGGAAAGACCUGUGACCUCGCAGAGGCGUUGUUGCGCUCGGGUCCCGAAGCCCUGGGGCGGCUGAUGGGUUUACUGCGGGUGAACGCCAUGGCACUGCACGCCCAGGUGGCCAGCGGAGAUGGAGAUGCUGAAGAUGUAGCCAAAGGCAUGGCAAUAUACAGUGUCACUUCCGCCAUGAACCACGACCCUGCAGCCAACUGCUUUGUUUCCAGCGACCCGGCCUAUCCGCAGCGGUGUUUGGUGCGAACCCUCCGGCCGAUUGAGCCCGAGGAGGAGCUAUGCAUUGAUUACCUGCAGGGAUCGCCCUACAGCCUGGAGCAGAGGACCCAGGUGCUGCUGCAGCAGUAUGGCAUCGUGGCUUGAAGCGGAUUCAGCCUACUUGGUGAGGAACUGGUGAGUUGGAG